AUUUAGUUGUGCUCUAACUUUCAUUUUUAUGGCGAUUGUUCGAAACUUCCAUUUUCUUUCGUUAGGUCAUGCUUGACUCAACAUUUACAUAUUGAGCGCACAUCUCCUAAUUCUACAUGCGAAUUGUAUAAAAACUCUCAUGUAAUGGACUUAACGUGUGAACCAUUGGCCCCAUUACGACAAAGUCAGGAAAGAUUCAGGAGUCCAGAUAUUUCUCGAAGACCAUUGGGAGGAGAAGCUUUGGCUGCUUACACGGUCAAAAAGUCACGUCGUGCUAAGUCAACGGAACCUACUGCUCUUGAUACCAACGCUCCACUUGUGAAAUGUUCUAACGAAGAGGAAAAAGUAAAGGAAGUUCUAAAUGAUGAAAGUAUGGACAAACGGUGGUCAUUAAUAGCCAAAAACUACGAAAAUAUGUCGAAGCAAGAGAUCAUGAAUAACUACAGAUUACUCAUGAGCGAAAAGCUACGAUUGGAGAGGUUCCUGUCCAUAAUGACCAAGAAUAAUGAGAUGGCUCGCAAUCGCUUGGAAUCCGACCUAUUAGAUGCCAUGAUGUGUAUAGAAGACUUAAAACAAGCUCUUGAGAUUCGUUUGGCAAGACGACGAAAAAUUGAUCCUCGCGAAGCUGAGGAAAGAAGGUAUUUGAUUCGUCAAAACAAGAAAUUACUAAACCAGUUAUUUGAAUCAGCAAAGAAAAUUGAAAGACUGGAGGUAACCAAAGUAGAAAUGAAAGAACAACUGGAAUUACUGGAUUUCCAAAUUGUCGAAGUUGAGAAUCAGAAAGCUAUGAUUGAGGAAGAAUUGAGAAAAAUUCCCCCAACUUUACAUGAGGGAACUCAAACCGAGGAAAGUUCCGAUAGCCAUCAGUUGAUAUGUCAACUAAAAGAACAAUUAAGUCUACUGAGAAGCGAUUUAUCCAAUCAAAAAGCUGAAACAGCAGCUGCUGUUGCUAAACACAUUCAUAUGGAUAAUUUAAUUAAAGAAUUACGCCGUGAUAAUAUUGAAUUACGUGAUCAAUUAUCUCAUGUUGAUGAUGCUGAAAAUUCACUAGCUGAAAGUGAUAAACCGAUAGCUGCUGAUGUUAAACUACUUAAAGCUCAAUUAGCUGAACAAUUAGAACGUGUCAAAGAUUUAGAAGAAAAAUUGAAUUCAUCAAGAUUGUAUUCAGAAAAAUUAGAAUCCCGUGUACAAGACCUUAUAGGAAAAAAUAGCUGUCAUCCAUCUACUGAAUCUGUAUCAUUCGAAAUAGAUCAUUCUGAGCAAAAUACAACUGCUGUACUUCACUCAAUGGACGAUACCAAACCGGUUACUGUUUCUCAAUCACAACCACCUCCAUUAAAAACAACAGGAGCACAACCUAAAGUAGAUGAUAUACUUCUUCAACAAACAAUUCAUACAUUUCAGGCACUUUUAGAUGAACGUGAUCAAGAAAUAAGUCAAUUAAAAAAACAUAUUGUACAAAAUCCAUCUAACACUGAGUUAACAUCAGAUAUAAAUCUACCCAAAUUAUAUGAAUCAUCAAUUCAAACAGAAUUAAAUAAUGAACAAAUGGAAAAACUAUCAAAUUUAAAAGAUACUUUAAAUUCAGGUGGUCAGUUAUUGACUAGUGAACAAUAUGAAACAUUGAACAAUGAAUUAAAUGAAACAUUGAAAACAUUAACAAACAACCCUGAUAAUUGUAAUAUACUAUCGUCUGAACAAUUAUCAUCAUCUACAAAUGAAAAAGAAAAGUCAACUCAGAACUAUGGUGAUCUAAUUCAAACAGUGAAUAAAUUAAGAAAAGCAUCUGAAACUAUUAAACCAAUGUCAACUUCAUCCGAGUUAAAACCAAGUGAUAUCGUUGAUCAGGCGAAUCCGAAUACAAAUAAUGUUGAUCAAAAACUGGUAGAAAAUUUACGUUGUCAAAUUGAAAGCUUGAAACAAGAAAUAAAAAGAUUACAACGUGGUGCAUCUACAGCUGAAGAACGAACUGUUAAUGGAAAUACUGGUGAAUUUCAUACAUCACACAGUUCUCCAAGUCAUUUUUAUUCAAUGGAUCCGUAUGGAAGCGUGGAUAAACAAAAUGAAGAAAAAUCCUAUUCAUUACAUAAUCCAUCAUACUACAGCACUCAGUUGCAAGAACUACGUCAAACUGGUGACUUAGAGUUAGUUCGCGCACACCUUAGUUUGUCUGAACGACGUCGACGUGAGCUUGAAAGACGUAUAACCGAACUAACUGAUGAAUUAGCACGUUCUCGUGCAGAAGCCCGUUCCGCGGAAACUAGUCUUUCUGCUGCUCGUCGAACUGAAGCUGCACUAAGAAGACGUCUUCUUGUUGCUAUGGAUUCUCGAGGUUCACCUAAUGGAAAUUAUGAAAUGAAUAUAUCACGAAAUUCACAUGAAUUCUCUUCUAACGAAAGUUCAGAAAUGAUGAAUGCUUUGGAGUUACAAGCAGAUAUUAUUAAACUUCAAGCUACUAAUGCUUCACUAACGGAAGCUGCUUUACUUGAUCGAACAAGAUUGCAUGAUCAAGCUAUGCGUAUAGACCAGUUGGAAUCAGAGCACAAAGCUUUACUUGAUCGAGUCUCAUGUCUUCAGGCAGCUGAAACUGGUGCACAACGUGGUAUUGUACGUUUACAAGCUCUUUAUGAAGAUAUGCUACGUGAAUACUCAGAGUCUAAACCACUAGAACUAUCUAACGUUCGUGGACGUCAUCAUCAGAGAAGCAGCUCUCGUAACUCUAGAAAUAAUGAUUUUAUUACAAAUGCUAAUUAUAAUGAUAAAUAUCGUGCUACCUCACGAAAUAAUGACGUAAGGGCAACAGAACAACAGAUUUUGGAAGUUCAAGCUAUGAAUUCUCCACGCAAACGAUCUAUAUAUGAGAACUCAGGGGAAAUAGUCACUGCAUCAUCUACAACAAUAUCUAAAAUUUCCGCAUUAAUGUCAAGAAUCCAUUUUCUUAUCAACUAAACAAAUAUACUGUACUGAAUGUUUUAUUGGAUUUAAGUGUUUACUUUGUUUCGGAACCAUAAUAUAUCUAUUGACUUAUACGUCAAUGAACUCGGUAAAAUUAAUAUUAAUAAUCAUAAAGGGAAUGGUAGAUUCAUGCUUUGUUAGACAGAUUUUCAAUAUGCAUACAAAUCACUUUAUUGUUUAACAGUAUCAAGCAAAAAUAACACUAUUCUAUUCUAGCCUAUCUACUACUACUACUACUACUACUACUACUACCACUACAUCACUUAUUAACUAAAGUACAUUGAUGUAUGUAAAUGUAUAAUCAUUUCUUAGGUCUAGUCCGUUGAAAAGGAGACAAUUAUGCAUACGUACAUAGACAUGAAUAAUUUAUCAAAUAUAUUUACGACCAGAGAAAUUAUGUAAUGUAAAAUAAUACUGUCUCGAUGAAAUCGAAUACACUUUUUUUUUGAAAAUGAUAUAUUUAAAUUGCAAAGACUUUUUAAUUUGCAAGUUGAUUUGAAAAUUUUCAAUUCCAUUUAACAUACAAUUGUAAAAAUUGAAAUAUCUCUUUGAAAAUUCAAUAAAUCAUCUUUAUUAUUGUGGUU